AGGAGUCAUGACCUCAAAAAUGAGCUUCUCUGAGGAGCAACACUCACAGAAAACUGAGAGUGUGACUCAGAGAGAAAGACCAGACUCACCUGAACCCAGUUGUUUCUCCAUGAAGAGUGAUCAGUCAAUGGACCCUCCAUUAAAAUUCAGGGAGAAGGACAUCUCACCUGAACCCAGCUGUGUCUCCAUGAAGAGUGAUCAGUCAAUGGACCCUCCAUUAAAAUUCAGGGAGAAGGACAGUUCUACCGAGCUGAGAGCCCAGAAAGAGAACUCAGAUAUUGCCAGGAGAAACUUGGAGAUCAUAUUAAAGGAGCUGGAGCACAAAGUCAUCUCUCUGGUGAAGAAUCAUUUGAAGAUGUUUGUGAAGCUGCUGAGUCUGGAUUACCCAGCAUGUUCUGAGAGAGAGGUAGUAGAUGAAGAGGAUCAGAGCAGUGUCAGAGAGGGGGUGCUGAAGAUCACACUGACCGUCCUGAGGAACAUGAACCAGACUGAACUUGCUAACACACUACAGACCACACUGAGUCCUUCUUGUACUCAGAAGAUGAAAUCAACACUGAAGGAAAAGUUUCAGAAAAUUGAUGAAGGAAUCUCAAAUUCUGGAACCUCAACCCUUCUGAAUGAGAUCUACACAGAGCUCUACGUCACAGAGGGAGGGAGUGGAGAGGUCAAUAAUGAACAUGAGGUCAGACAGAUUGAAACAGCAUCCAGAAGACCAGCAAAACAGGAGAAACCCAUCAAAUGUAAAGACCUUUUUAAAGACAAAUCUAUCAGAACUGUGCUGACUAAAGGAAUUGCUGGAAUUGGAAAAACAGUCUCUGUGCAGAAGUUCAUUCUGGACUGGGCUGAAGGAAAAGCAAAUCAUGAUGUCCUCCUCAUAAUUCCACUUCCUUUUAGGGAGCUGAAUUUAAUGAAAGAGAAAAAACUCAGUCUGGUGGAUCUUUUUAAUAAAUUUUUCACAGACACAAAAGAACUAAAACCAAGAGACUAUCAUCACUACAAAGUCAUGUUCAUCUUUGAUGGUCUGGAUGAGUGUCGACUUCCUCUAGAUUUCCAGAACAGUGAGAGCUUGUGGGAUGUAACACAGUCAGCCUCAGUGGAUGUGCUACUGAUAAACCUCUUCAAGGGGAAUCUGCUUCCCUCUGCUCUCCUCUGGAUAACCUCUCGACCAGCAGCAGCCAAUCAGAUCCCUCCUGAGUGUGUUGACCUGGUAACAGAGGUACGAGGCUUCAGUGACCCUCAGAAAGAGGAGUACUUCAGGAAGAGAAUCAGUGACCAAAACCUGGCCAAUAAAAUCAUCUCACACAUUAAGUCUUCAAGAAGCCUCUACAUCAUGUGCCACAUCCCAGUCUUCUGUUGGAUUGCAGCCACUGUUCUAGAGAAAGUGUUGGGUGGAGCAGAGAGUGGAGAGAUCCCCAAGACUCUGACUCAAAUGUUCACCCACUUCCUGAUCUUUCAGAUCAAACACAAGGACCAAAAGUACCAUGGGAAAUGUGACACUGAUCCUCAGCAGACUAGAAGAAUUAUAAUGGCCCUGGGGAAACUGGCUUUCCAACAGCUGGAAAAAGGCAAUCUGAUCUUCUAUGAGGAAGACCUGAGACAGUGUGGCAUUGAUGUCAGAGAAGUGUCAGUGUACUCAGGAGUUUGUACCCAGAUCUUCAGAGAGGAGUUUGGGCUGCAUCUGGGGAAGGUGUUCAGCUUUGUGCACCUGAGCGUUCAGGAGUUUCUGGCUGCUUUAUAUGCAUUUAUUUCCUUCAUCUCCAACAGCAGAAAUGCUCUGCUAACUGGAUUUUAUAUUUUCUUCAGAAAGCCCACAAUGUCUAACUUCUUCAAGUAUGCAGUAAAUAAGGCCUUACAGAGUGAGACUGGACACCUGGACCUUUUCCUCCGCUUCCUUCUGGGCCUCUCACUGGAGUCCAAUCAGACUCUUUUACAAGGCCUACUGACUCAGACAGGAAGCAGCUCUCACAACAAAGAGGAAACAGUCCAGUACAUCAAGAAGAAGAUCAGGGAGAAUCCCUCUCCAGAGAAAACAAUGAGUCUGUUCCACUGUCUGAAUGAACUGAAUGAUCAUUCUCUGGUGCAGGAAGUCCAAACAUAUCUGAACAGAAGUGGGACCAGUGGUGUCAGUGGAGCUGAACUCUCUCCUGCUCAGUGGUCAGCUGUGACAUUUGUCUUGCUGAAUUCAGAAGAAGAGUGGGAUGAGUUUGAUCUGAGGAAAUACAAUCCAUCAGAGGAAUGUCUUCUGAGGGUUCUACCAGUGGUCAAAGUGUCCAGAAAAGCUGUACUAGCAGGCUGUAAUCUCACCACAAUAUCUUGUGAAAAACUGUCAGCUCUACUAUCAGUAAACUCCUCCUUGAAAGAGCUGGACCUCAGUAACAAUAACCUGCAGGAUUCAGGAGUUAAGCUGCUCUCUACAGGACUGAAAAGUUCAAAUUGUAAAUUGGAGAUACUCAGGCUAGCUGGCUGUAAUCUCACCUCAACACCCUGUGGAAAACUAUCAUCAGCUCUACAAUCAGUAAUCUCCUCCCUGAAAGAUCUGGACCUCAGUAACAAUGACCUGCAGGAUUCAGGAGUUGAGCUGCUCUCUGCUGGACUGAAGAGUUCACAAUGCAGACUAGAGAACCUCAGAUUAUCUGGUUGUAUGGUUACAGACAAAGGCUGUUCUUCUCUGGCUUCAGCACUGAAAGCAAAUUCCUCCCAUUUGAGAGAACUGGAUCUGACCUAUAAUCACCCAGGAGAGUCUGGACUGAAGCUGGUCUUUGAUCUACUGAAGGAUCCACACUACACACUGGAGAAACUACAGGUGGAUCAUGGAGGGAAAAUCAGGAUGAAAUCAGGACCACAGAAAUAUGCUGUUGAUCUCACUCUGGAUCCAAACACAGCACACACAGAACUCUAUGUGUCUGAGGGGAACAGAAAGGUGGAGUGGAUGGAAAAGGACCAGUCAUAUCCAGAUCAUCCAGACAGAUUUGAUUACUAUGAGCAAGUCCUGAGUGUGGAGAGUCUGACUGGACGCUGUUACUGGGAGGUUCAGUGGAGCGGAGCUGGAGUUGUUAUAUCAGUAUCAUACAGAGGAAUCAAGAGGAAAGGAAUCAGUAAGGACUGUUGGUUUGGAUUCAAUAAUCAAUCCUGGAGCCUGAUCUGCUCUAAUAACAGUUACUUUGUCUAUCACAAUAAACAGAGAACUGCUCUACCUGCCCCCCCCUCCCCCUCUAACAGAGUAGGAGUGUAUCUGGAUUGGGAGUCCGGCAUUCUGUCCUUCUACACCAUCUCAUCUCACACACACACACUGACCCACCUACAGACACUCUACACCAUAUUCACUGAACCGCUGCAUGCUGGAUUCUAUGUUUAUAAAUACUGCUCAGUGAGUCUGUGUGAGAUAAAAUAA